AGAGGAGAGCGGACAGAAAAAAGCCUGGCAAGAAAAUCACGGCACCAUCCGAAAGGGGAAAAAGCGAAGCUAGGGUUUCCUCCGGAUCCACCCCGCCAUGGACGCCGGCGACGCGUGGGGCCGCUCCUCCUCAUCCUCAGCCUCCGCCGCCGCCGCCGCGAGGCGCCUGCAGUCCCGCUACGAUCUGUACAUGGGGUUCGAUGACGUCGACGCCGGCGGCGGGGACGACGCGGAUGCGCGCGGGGCGGAGGCCUACAACUGCCCCUUCUGCGGCGAGGACUUCGACUUCGUCGGCCUCUGCUGCCACAUCGACGACGAGCACGCCGUCGAGGCCAAGCGCGGGGUUUGCCCCAUCUGUGCUGGAAGGGUUGGGAUGGACUUGAUAGGCCACCUGACAGUGCAGCAUGCAAGUUACUUCAAGAUGCAGCGCAGACGCAGAGUCCGAAAAGUAUCUUCUGGGUCUCAUUCUUUGCUGUCUUUGCUGAGAAAAGAUUUAAGAGAUGGCAGUUUACAAUCCUUUCUUGGUGGACCAUCUUAUGUAUCGAAUCCUCCCGCUGCUGCCCCAGAUCCAUUUUUGUCAUCUUUAAUUUGUAGUUUGCCUGUGGCUGAACCGUCGAAAGAUUUUCAUUCCGACUCUUCUGACAAAACAUUUUUGCUAAAUAAAUUCCGAGAUGAAAAGACUGUAGAGAGAGCUGAGACAUCUCUGUCAGAGAAGGAUCAGAAAGAGUUGGCUCAGAGGAGUGCAUUUACCCGUGAGCUUGUUCUCUCCACAAUAUUCGAUGAUGGUAGCUUGUAAGGGAAAUCCACCUUUAUAGUGGUUGCAUGACAUGGUCAAGGGCUCGCAAAGCAAGAGAAUAUUAUUGGCAACGCUGCAACCUUGGUCAUGCUGCCGCUGCUGCUGCAAGGCCUUCACGACCAGGACGAGGCCCAUCAAAUCAAGUUAUGUAUUGGUGUAUGUUUCUCUCUGCAUUGUGGAGAUUGCAACAUGAGAAUAGUGGAGGAAGUCUUGUAGCUCCACACAUGGAAUAAACGAGGACACUGUCCUUAUAGUGGCAUUGUGCAUAUAGGAAGAGGCUACCCGCCUACUUGCCAUGUAUUAGGCAUUCUGUUUCAUCAAUGUAAUAACAUGAUGUGUUGUAUACCCAUGUCAUGCGUAUUCAUAUGUAUUUUGUCUGGUACAAUUGAGUAAAAGAGAUGAAUUUAUUUUUAUUGAUGUUUGAUAUGUAGUAGGAAUUUCACAGCAAACAGUUUCUUGUACAAACUGAAUGAAAUCUCCAUUCAAUCAGGAAUGGAUUGGUCUGUGCAUUGCCACUUUUUUA